AUGGCCAACAAUCGCGUCCCGAUCAAUUACCAAAUCCCCUCGUUCCCUUCGCUGUACGAUCCUAUUCCGUCGCAUCACCACCAAGCGUAUUAUCUCUACUUCACGAAGGAUAUUUGGCGGUACACGCUCUUAUGGACUUUGAUUUUCUACGCCAUUACGCACUUGCCUGUCGCAGCGUGUACGGUCUUGACCCAUGGAAGGAACUGGAGUGUUAUAUGGCUGGUGCCGUUGUUCUAUAGCGUCGUUGCUGGCCUAGAAGGGUUGUUAGCUGGGAGUAUUGUUGGACUUGUGUUUGUACUCGGUGCGGUAUAUGAAGCAGGCAAUUUUCGAAUGUCGACGUGGGUGCCUUUGAUCUGGGCUGGCGUCAAUGUGAUGGUUCUCAUCUUGACUAGCUUUCCGAUGCAAGGCGGAUUAUGA